UUGUUAUUGAUAUACUGUUAGAGUUGAGGUGCGUUGGCAACGAUGAAAAAUGAAUUGUGAUCCAGAGAGGCUUGCUAGCCGUUGCAGCUAGAUUGCCCCUGUCGUCAUAUUUGUAUUUGCAAUGGCUUUUCUGGUCGCACGCACCCGACCCUGCUUCGCUUCUGCUCUUUUCUUCAAAGCGACGUUGGACAAAUCGCAUCGAAACUCAUUCGGCUGUGCUGAGGCAGAGAAGGGCUUGGUAGCGGGACGCAUCAGGGUGCUGAAUUUCAGCCUGAAACGGGAUGCUCAACUCAGGUUCGAGUGGCUGGUGAAACGUGGCGCAGAUGGGUCAUCUUUGAUGUUUCUAUGUUACGCGCCCGGCUCUCGUCUUCGUCUAUUGCGUGCAAGACGACUUUGAUUGGUUUUCUUGAAGAACUUCAACCAAACAUUAUUUUAAAAAUAAGCCACUGGUGGAAAAAUCAGACACGAGGUAGGGCGACACACGUUUCGAUAAUAUAUCCAAAAUCCAGUAUUUAUCUCAUGUUGUUAUUCAGAGCAGAGGGAUCUGAGGCUGAAUCAGAGAACCCAUGCUUCAUGUCCGUUACUCAUCUUUAAAUUUCUUAAAAUGUCUUAUCUUAACCUUUUAAAGGUCAGAUGUCUACGAAUGUCCGGUCUAUAGCACGC